AAUAAAAAGAAUAUGACUUUUUUGUUGAAGAGAUCAAUUGUCUUUCCAAGAUCACUUAUUUUUGCUGUUGUAAUCAUUAACUUUUUCUCUGUGGGUAUGGCAUUGGUAAAGGAUAUAUCUGACGUUGAAAGAGAUAAAAUAUAUGGCAUUGAUACUUUUUCAAUACGUUUAGGUCAAAAACGGGUAUUUUGGAUUUGUGUUUUCCUUUUUGAAAUGGGUUUUGGAGUUGCCCUCUUGACAGGAGCAUCAUCUUCCUAAUACCUCUAUAAAAUUAUCAUGGGUCUGGGCCAUGUUGUUCUUGAUUCAAUUCUCUGGUACCAAGCCAAAUCUAUAGAUUUAAGCAGCAAAGCUUCCACUAGAUCCUUCUAUAUGUUGAUCUGGAAGUUGUUGUACGCAGCGUACUUCCUCGUGGCUUUGAUUAGAUAAGGAUGUUUUGAAAGGUUAAAACAAUAUUCAUACCACAUACGACAGAAUUUAAGAGACAUGUCUUGCAUCUAAAAUUUAUUAAUACAAUAAAGACUAUAAAAAUGUAUUCCCUGAAUAUUAAUUUUUGUGUCAUUAAGAUCUUUCUUUAAUUGUGAGAAUACUUUAUAUGUGUUCACAUGAAGACAGACUUCGAUUCUACUAUCAAAUAUUCAUCAGUUGAAGAAGAGAGACUUGCUAUAUUAUAAUUUUUUAGGAAAAGAAUAGUACUUUCCAACGAGAAAAAAAGAGAAUAGUGACAGUAAAAGUGUUUCUUUGUGUUGCAAAUUAAAGU